AUGCCGGGGAAUGUUAGACUCGAGGCCUCAGGAGUUAAGCCGAUCUUCGAAACUGAAGAGCAGUCAUCCGGGCGCACAGUCAUCGAGGAAAUAAAGAACAUCAAAAUAAAGUUCAUUAAGAACACAAGGUACCACGCUAUCGCAGAAAUUGAGGGACUCAACGUCACUAUCGCAAACGCCAUACGCAGGAUUCUACUGGCCGAAGUGCCGACACUGGCCAUAGAAAGCGUCCAUAUAUAUCAGAAUACUGGCGUCAUCCAGGACGAAGUCCUCGCCCACCGACUGGGUCUAGUGCCUUUCGACUGCGACCCCGACCUGAUCCCAUUCAGAAAUAUCGAAGAUCUCAGUGGCAAAAACAGCGUCUGCUUCCAUCUCAAGGUACAGUGCACCAGAGCAGACCUGGGUGACCGGCCGAAUCUGCCAAUUUAUUCCCGGGAUCUAAAGUGGGUACCACUUUCGACAGAGCAGGCUGAGCUGUUCAAGGAUUACCCUCCUAAACCCAUACAUGAUGACAUUCUGCUCACAAAACUAUCGCCAGGCCAGGAAAUCGACCUAAAGGCCUACCUAGAAAAGGGUAUCGGGAAGACGCACGCCAAGUGGUCGCCAGUAUGCACUGCCGUCUACCGCUUCAAACCUGAAAUCACCUUCUCGGAGGAAGAGCCGCUUGGAGCCGAUGAAGUUGAGGAGCUUGUGCAAAUAUGUCCCAUGGGAGUGUUUGGCGCAGAAAACGGUGUGUUUAACGAUUCUAAGGGACUCACGAACCACAGGGCGCAUAACACAGAUAAGGCCAUACAACUGCACAUCGUGCCGUGCAUGCGUAGAGCGGUUCCCACGACGGGUCAUCAUAAAGAAACUCUGCAACCACUUCAUAUGUGA